GAGGAGGAGGAAGAGGAAGAGCUGGGAGCCCGGCGCCCGCUGGCACUUGGUCGUGCGAAGGGGCCGCGUUCAGGGGAGCAGCCUGCGUGGGCGGUGUGGGGAGAUGAGCAGGGGGCCGCUUGCUGUCGGGGGCCAUGUCUUUCAAGAGGGAGGGAGACGAUCCCAGCCAACUCAAUGUACUCAAGAAAAGGAGAGUUGCGGACCUUCUGGCAAAUUAUAUCCCUGAAGAUGAAGCCAUUCUGCUGAGGGACGGCAGAUAUGCCUGCACCGUGUGCUUCCACAGGCCAGUGUUUGACACUCUUGACAUGCUCACAGUCCACCGCUCAGGGAAGAAGCACCUAGCCAGUUUACAGAAGUUCUAUGGGAAGAAGCGUUCCCUUGAGAACGAAGUUCAGAAACGGCACCACCAGGCGUACCUCCAGGCAGAGGAAGCUGGCGCACAGGUGACCCCAGGGCCUGCUCCUUUGUUGGUGCAAACGAAGAAAAUUGCACAGAGUGCAUUGCUCAAAACCGCUCCCUAUAACAGCUGCUGUCAGCGGAGCAGGGAGGCCAAGGGCAGCACCGAUCCCAGUCCGGCGAGGACGCCCUCUGGCUUCAGAGACGCUGAGGAAGCGGCGCUGUCAGAACCAUGGAAUUCCGCGCCGGUGGGUGAAGAUCGAGCCGUCGGGGUGGAAAGCGCUCAUCCUGCCAGCUUGCCCAGGCCUACGGAUGUAAAAGCAGAAUCCCAGGAAGAAUCCGCUCUAGGGAAGAAGCAGCGCCGUAAAAGGAAAGCCCCUCCGGGCGCAGCAACCCCUUCCGGGCCUGAUCAUCUCACCCCAGAGAAGCGGCAGGCUCUGGAACACUACCUGAGGCUGAAAAGCUCUGGCUGGGUCCAAGACGGCUCUGGCAAGUGGGUUAAGGACGAGAAUGUGGAAUUUGACUCAGACGAAGAAGAGCCUCCGGCGCUGACGCUUUCUUGACCCCACGGCUGGUUCCUUCCUGAGGCGGCGGCCUUGAGAAGCUCCGCAGACGGUGCUCCGUGCCCGUGCGUCAUCAGCUGGGCACAAGAUGCCCAAGAGCUAAAGAGCCACGAUUGUGUCGCAGAGUCAGGGCGGUUAAUAUGUAGGAAGAUGCGCUGGGUGUGCCGGUUUCAUGGCCACAUGCUGCUUCCGGCUGCAUCUCUGGGGUGUGGCAGGGACUGGGGGAGACCCCCAGGUCUGUUCUGGGAGCACAGAAAUGGGAACUGAAGGAGGGGGGCGAGGCAGCGUGGGCUCAAGCCGUGGGUCUGAGCUGGGCCUCCCGAGGUGGGGAAUGCAGCCACGGAGCUGUCGUUCCUUGCUUUCCCUGCGGAAGAUGCGAGUUCCAUCUUCGGGUGCAUCUAGGGAAGACCGCCGUCUGAAGUUCUUCUCAUACCAGCCUGCCAGUGUCUUAAGAUCUUCUGUUGAGUCCCACCUCGAAAUCUCCUCUCCAGCAGACGAGCCGGAGGCGCAGGGGUGCUCUGCAGUGCUUCCUGCUUGCAUUGGUGCAGCCGAGUCCCUGGGAGUGAGUUGGAGGGGGAGAAAGAUCUGUUUAUUUGAUGCGUUGGGUUCUGCUACAGGUACGGGUCGUUUUGAUUAUACAGUAUUUAUCCAUUUGGGUAAAUUCAAGCUAUCCUGGUAUCCUUGAGGUGGACUGUACUUCGGAAAUAUUUUCAUUUAUAAAAAACCUUGCAGAACGGCUGUGGCGCCACAUAAUAAACUGCACUAGCAGCA